CGAAAUUGUAAUAAGGGUUUGAAGGGGGUUCCGCAAAGUUUAUCUCCAAGAUUCCAGUUCUCCCUGGCUCUCUGAUUCUGAAUCCGAAAGCGGCCAACUUCCCGCCGCCCUGCUGAAACUCAAUAGAAGAAGCAGCAAGAUAAUUCAAAAACCUAUGAUUCGGAAGUACUUAUCUACACAGAUGAGGUGGGUUUCGGCUUCUGGGUUCCCCAUUCCACUGGCUGCCGCCGUGAUGGCUGCCGCCGGGUUGGCCGUCGCCUUAAUUAGGGACCGUAAAUUGGGCAAUGGGUUACCUUGGUUGGGUCAGGGCAAGGAUGGCCGGGAGAAAGUGCUCUUAGUUCCUGGUUUGCAGAACUUGGGGAAUAAUUGCUUUCUUAAUGUGAUCUUGCAGGCUUUGGCAAGUUGCUCUCUUUUUCAGCCAUUCCUUCAAAAGAUCAUAGAAGAUUGCGAAUCCUCUGCCAGUGAGGAUUGGAGCGAGGGGUUGCAGCUAACAGUUGCUUUGGCUUCUUUGUUAGAAGAAUUAUGUUUAUGUGGAGAAGGUAGAGUGGUGUUAAGUCCCCGGCAAGUGAUGAUAGCGAUGGCUCAGUAUAUCCAGAACUUCAACCUUACCAGCCAACAGGAUGCAGAAGAAGCAUUCCUUCACCUGUUGUCCUCUUUGAGAGAAGAAUUUUCUGAUUGUUAUCCUCCCAGCCAGAGCUCACUGGCAGAGAUUAUCAAGAGUGCUCACUCCAGGAUUGUCACUCCGAAAAUUAAUGAACUAAAAAAUGAAAAGGAAAGAUGGCAGCAACACUUCCUUGGACCAUUCGAUGGUAUUCUUAGCAGCACAUUAAUCUGCCAAACUUGCUCAUCACAGAUUUCAUUGAAUUUUCAAUUUUUCCAUAGUCUGCCCCUCUCGCCAGUUCUUGGAUUUGGUGCACCAAUAAUCGUUGGAUGUACUCUAGAGGAUUGCAUGAAGCGGUUUAUAGCUUCGGAACAACUCGAUAAUUACCACUGUGGAAACUGUUGGCACAUUGCAGCAAUAAAAUAUCUCAUUGUUAGAGGAGCCCCCGAGGCUGACAUUGAGAAGCUGACGAAAUGUACUGAGAGAGAUUCGUGUGCCUGUCGUAGGGCUUUUCAUCUGGAGAAUCUACCUUGGUCGAAUAAUUACUCGCGGACUUUGAAGCGACUUAGUAUAGCUCGUUGCCCAAAGAUCCUAUGCAUUCAUCUACAACGUGCUUCGGCUAAUCACUUUGGUGAGCCUAUCAAACUUCAGGGCCAUAUCAGUUUCCCCUUUGUUCUGAACCUGCUUCCAUUCACAUUUAGAGGGCUGCAAUCUCAAAAGCAAUACUCUCGUUUGAGCAGUCCUCAUGUGCAAUUUGAUACGGUAGUGCCAGCUUGCAUCAGUGGCCAAGAUUUAGCCGCCGAAGAAGCAUUAGUGGCAGAUAAAUUUGAAUGCUCCGAGCAAUUACAGACCAUUAUGGGAGAAGCCAAGUCGGUUGAGAUCAAAGUCAGUUUGGAGACCAUGGAGACUGAUGCAGGCUUCCCAACCGCAGACAAGGUGAAUGUGGUGUCUCCCUCGAUGUCUUCUCUCUACCACCUAGUUUCUGUCGUGGAGCACUUUGGGAGGCCAGGAGGUGGGCACUACACUGUUUACCGAAGUGCACGGUGCAAUUCCCCAGAAGAAUGCAGCAGCAGGAACCAGGAUAAGCCUUCCCAUCUGCACUGGUUCUGCAUUUCGGAUUCCCAGGUCUCGAUAGUUUCUGAGGAGGAUGUCCUUGCUGCAGAGGCAACCUUGCUCUUUUAUGAAAGAAUUGCAGAAGAAGGCUGAUUAUGUAGUAGGAUACUUUAUUCGCAGGAGGGGAGAGACCUGUUUUGUUGUAUCAUAAUUCAUAGCAGAGAAGGAUAGGCAUGGGGAUUAAAGUGGCAGUUGUAGAUUUUGAUGUUUGAGGAGACAGAAAGAAGAGGUUUCUUUUCUUUACUUUGGCAACUUCAUUUUUAUAGGGAUCUAAAAAAAAAAAAAAAAUUUGAAGGAUUACUGUAGCUCUGGCUAGUUGGGAAUGAAAAUGAUGGUAGAAUCGUAGUUUUGGUACCUCAACAUGAUGAACUUUUCUGUUUUGGUCUUCAAAUUUUGUCCAUGCUUGUUGGAUUAUUAGAUUUUUUAAUUUGAAAAGUGAAGGAUUUAUGAUCGAUUUGGGC